ACUAGUGUAGCAGCAUAGAAAAGAAUGUUGCUCUGAGCUUUUUGGCAGAUUUGGCAUUGUUUGAUAUCCAUGAAAGAAAAUACAAGGUCUGCCUUUGUUUUAUAAAUAUCUACUAAACACUCCUUCACCAGUGUUCGUGCAACACACAGUCAACAAGGCUUAUCUCCUCAAAGACAAAGCCAACGCUCGCACUGCAUUCUCCCAGUCCUCGGCAAAGCCAAAUCAAUCAUGGAAGCAGUAUCAACUUUUACGGUCUCUCAGUUUUUCUUUUUGCUGAUUAGCGCUCUGCCCGUGGAACAGAACCUCAUGAAGGUGCAGGAAAAUGUGGAAGAGCUGACCGGCAGCCAGUCGAGUGAUUUUUCUGACCUUCAUUCGGCAAAAGAACAAAGAAACUGCUCUACUGAUGGUGAGUCUGUGUGUGAGACAAAGUCACUUGUUGGAGCAGGGAAGGGGACAGGACUAUCACAACCAUUGGAUAAGGACAGCAAGAUUUCCUUCGGUGUGCUCUCCACUGCAGGCGAUGUCACCAAUGCAAGCAGGCAUCAAGAGCUGGAUAAAAGCUGGAGACAAAAGCAUCCAAGUGUCUUUAAAGAACCUGUGUGUAGGUUGCAAAGUGAUGAACAAAGGGCUAACUCUCUCGAGGUGAUCGGCGCCACUUCGGGGUACGAACGCGGUUUCAUUGAAGAUGUGGCCCUGUACAGUGACAGACACGUGGCCAAGUUUGGGAUCUGUUCUGCUGCAAAGCAAAAGCACAGUGCAUUGCUCCUUCUCAGAAAUCUGGCAUUUCACCUAAAGGCUGGCGCAGAAAUGGGGAAGUUGAUGGUGCUGCAUCUUUCUGAAGUAAACUGGAAAGGAUACAAUCUCCAGCUCCAGUUCAAGAUGGCAUUGGAUAGGGAUCUGCUUCAGCUGACAGAGGAAUCAGAGAUGUGCCUGCUAGUGUUUUAUCUUGGCCGAAACCAAGGCUUUCUCUUCGAAAAUGAACGAGGCUUCAGAUUCAGUGAAAUUCAUUUGGAGGAAUAUCAGACGGUUUGCUUCCAUGAGGAUACAAAGUAUGUCACUCUGAGAGUUAGAGGAGGCACUGGAAAAUGUGAAGAGGGGCAGGUGUGCAUUGACGUAUCCCUGAAGAUCAGACACCAUUCAAAUGAUGAUCCAGUGGUGAAGGAAGAGUUGCAAGAGUUGCUGUUUGGCUUUGAUGAGAAACGAUUCACGCGGAUGACACCAGCCUUAUUUUUCCUUGUCAGAGAGCUGAGGAACAAUCCCAUGGAGUCAUCCUGCACCUCCUCCCAGGAAACACAGAUACUGCCCCCCAUCACUGAAGAAGCUUCCAGAAUGGUUAAGAGAGCAGAGGAUGAUCAUUUGGAAACAUUGGACUUACCACUUCACUCGGCAUCCUCUAGUCAAGGGUCUCCACGAGAGUUCUUACGACAACUCAAUCGGUUUUUGAAUAUAGUGUUAGAUUACUCCACCGACCAGAAUUCCAGAUCUGUGCUCCACCUUGACAAAGAAACCAUUGAAAGCCUUCCCCACCACUCGUUGAAUAUUUCCAAUGCCUAUGUCCUGGAGCUGCUUGUUCAGUCUGAGGAGCCUUUGGUGUUCUUGUUGCCAGAGAAUGCUGAGAACUUCUUGGAGCAAAUCAUCGAACAUGGAAAUGUUGGAGAAACUGAGGAAAAGAUACAACACCUGUUCCUCACCAAACUGAAGAACACCGUUAAUAAAGUCCUGGAAAUCCCCGUUUUCCAGAAGGAGAAGGUUCUAAAGAAGCUGAUUCACCUACUGAAUGAGUGCAACUAUCCCUUUCCACUUCCCGAGUUCCCUCAAGUUAAUAUCUCGCCUCAGGAUGGCUCAAAGAAGAUAAAUCGAAGGCAAAAGACCUAUUAUACUUUCUUGUUGCUGAAGACAUUGCAGACAGUGAAGACAUUCUGGGACAAGAGGCAAAAAAUUUUCAGGCAGAACAGGAGUGCCACCAACCGGUCCAUCUGCAAACUGGAGGAGCUCAGCAUCGACUUUGAGCGUUUGUCCUAUGAUUGGAUUUUGGUGCCCAAGUUGUACAAUAUACACAAUUGUGUUGGGUCCUGCAGGAUUCCCUUAACUGGGAAUGUAUCCAAUCACGUUGUCUUACUCAUUAAGAUGCAGGAGCAAGGGCUUCCGACAAAGCGAGAGCCGUGUUGUGUUCCGGUGGAGUACUCUGAACUGCUCCUGGCUGUUAUCAAUGGCCAAAGCAGCAUGAUCACCGUGUACAAGAACAUGGUGGCAGAGGAAUGUAAGUGCAGAUGACCCAGGCAAUGCGGCUGUCUCAUGAGUCGAAUAUUAUCAGAAAAGACCAGUGUAUAUCUAUAUUAAGAACAUUUAUGGUGACAUUUUACUCAGCCAAGCUGUGUAUUAUCUUACAGUACGUCAUAUAUUAGUGUGGCUAUAUUCUGCAACUGUCGAGUUUUGGUCUGUUUUCAAAUAGAUCAGAAAUGGAAAGUUCAAAUAUUUCAUAAAUUCUCAAUGAAAAUUGUUGACAUGAAUUUUGAAGUUAAGAUUGUUGCCUCUCAUUUAAUUUAGUUUUUUUUCUAAAUUUAGAUCAAAAUUCUCUGUAGAAAGUAGGUUAUAAUGAUUUGUAAAAUGCAACAAGCCAGAGGAAGUUGUAAAUUUCGGUGAGACCCCAAAUCAAACAAGUGAAGAUCUAAAUUUCACAGUGGGUCCUCAGACCAAUUUGCUUAUUCCCAUUUGCUGACAUGCAGUUGUUAGUCACAUGCAGCCGAAAAUCUCAAUUCCAAAGGAAGUUUGCUGGAGGUGUGUGUGUGUGUAUAGUAUACCCGAGUGUGCAUUGUGUGUAAGUGCAUUCGCAUGUCUACAUACUAUAUUUGUGACUGCGUGUGUAUGUGUUUAUUUGAGUGUGCACGUGAGUGAGUGCAUUUGCAUGUGUACAUAUUUGUGUGUGUGUAAAUGUGUCCGUUUUCAUGCCUGUGUAUAGCUGUGUGUGUCUAAAUCACAUUUUAACAGAAUACUUAAGGAAUAUCAUGUUGGAAACACACAGAAGUCUCAGGAAAACAUUGCUCAAUAAGUAUCGUUAGGCUGAGCUCAAUCACUUGCUUGGAAAAGAGGUUAAUUUGGUGCAGCCCUGUAGGCAUCCCAUGAAGGAGUAAGUCAACACAAUGAACCUAAAUAUGAUGAUGCUAUAACUGAAAAUACAGACUAGAAAUCGGCUACGGGCUAACACGCACGCACACAUAUGCAUACAGUUAAUGUGCCUGUAUAUCAUGUAACCUUUCCAUAAUUUAAUGGCUUAUAAAUGAAAGUUCUUGGACGAUUUACUCUAAACUGAGUAUUCACACCUAUUAGUUUUACAUUCUCAACUGUUCCCUGUACCCUCCUUUAAUGAGUCGUCAAUUAUGGAAUGCUUUUGAAUCGGUGAUUUGCUACUCUAUAGUAUCUUUGAAAUGGAAUUAAGGUGGAAAACUGGAAAUCAAGUAUGUGAUAUUGUCCAAACCUCAGCGGGAAGCAGAAGGCACUUAGAGGUCACUGACUGUCAGGAGAAGAGUUACUCUUUGAUGCUUUUCAGUAAUGGCCUAAUGGCCUAAUUCUGCUCCCAUGCCUGAAGGUAUUAUGGUUUUAUGGUGAUCAUCUCAGGACCAGUAACUGCAGCAGACCAAGGCACUGCUCCAAAGAGGAACACCAUAACAGUUUAAGACAGGGAAACAUUCUGUAAACAUUCCAUGGAAAAUAAUAUUAUCUUCUGCCAAUGAAACUGGAAAGACUCUUGUUGGCU